CUCAUCCCGUUUUCAUCAUAUCGUUCGAUAAUCGGCUUGCCGUGGUACUCCUAUAUAUAUUCCCUUCUUCAGAAACUCUUUUAGUUUCAGUUGGGAUUCCUUGCGAUUCGAGCUCACUCACUGGUGCUUAUCGUCCCUAGUCUACACUGUCAGCACUUACUCCACGGUAUUCUUACAAUCAGGUCCACCAUGCCCCAUUCAGAAUUGCAAGACGCUGGAAUCCCAGUCAUCGACAUAUCGGAUCCGUCGCCGGGAGUAGCCCAGGAAGUUUUAGACGCCGCCUCCACACAUGGCUUCCUCUUUAUCAAAAAUGACGGCGUAACGAUAUCGCCAAAGGACAUCCAUGGAAUGUUCGAAUUGUCGCGUCAGUACUUCCAGCAAUCUCCAGACCAAAAGGCUGAAUACGCCUGGGGCUCCGAAAAGGCUGGAGGCAAGAACCGCGGAUGGGUGUCCAUGCAAGGCGAGGCUCUUGAUCCUAAAGGGCAGAAGCAAGGCGACCCCAAAGAAGCCUUCAACAUAGCCGAGCCAUACCCAAAGCUCCAACCCCUUCCACCUCCCUUAUCAGACUCUUCCGAUCUCAUCAGCCGCUUCCAAACCUCCUGCCACACGCUCUGCACCAACAUCCUCACCCUCCUCGGCACCGCGCUCUCCAUACCCUCCUCCCAAGGCGGCAGCUCCUGGUUCUCCACGCGGCACGACCAAUCGCGCGGCCCGUCCGGCACCAUCUUCCGCAUGCUGUACUACCCCAAGUCUUCUGUUCCCGAGGACGGUGCAUCUAUCCGGGCAGGCGCGCACUCUGACUACGGAUCGGUGACUCUCCUGUUCAGACUGCCUGGUCAGCCUGGACUUGAGAUUCUGAAAGAGGAUAGCAGUUGGGCGCCUGUGCCUGUUAACCCUUUCCCAUCGACCCUGACGGACCCGCCGAUCCUGGUCAACAUCGGCGACUUGCUGUCCUUCUGGACGAACGGCAUGCUGAAGAGCACGGUGCAUCGCGUGACCUUCAGCGGUGGGGGCGAGGAGCGGUAUAGCAUGGCAUAUUUCUGUCAUCCGCUCGAUGAUGCGAAGUUGGAAGCCGUCCCUAGUAAAGUCAUCGAGGACUUCGGUGACACAGGCGCUCAGGAGUUGAAGAGUCAGAGGGAAAGGCUAGGACUGGAUGCGGACGGGGAGAGUGAGGUGCUCACUGCCGGGGAGCACUUAGCGAGGAGGCUGAAGGUCACAUACGGAUUGAAAGAGUGAGCAUGGUAAAAUUCGGCGGCAUAAUGAAACAGUGGUAUGAGCAACGAACGCUUUGUUAGAUACGAUUGAUUGAUGGUCUCUAUGCUUCCGCGUGUUAUUGACGCCGCGCUAUGCAUUACCCAUAACGCCUGGCUUGCUAUGCGUCACCUUCCUUUAACCCAAGAUAACCGCCUUUGUGCAUUUUCAUCCAAAGUUGUACAUCUCUUCCACCGCAUAUCUCACACCCAUCAAUAUGUAAUCAUCCCCUCCUCUUCCUACUCGCCCGGCCUAAUCCGGCAUCACUUGCCCCAUCCCUCACGACCCCGAUCCCUUCAAGGACAUUGCUCUCUUCGACCUUCCCACCCAUCGCUUUAAUCAUCUUCUCUCUUGCCCUCUGAGCUCCCGGCGAAUCCCACCCGAGCUCCUGGCUAGGCUGAUACCCCUCGAACACUUUCUUCUCCUCGC